AUGUCAACAAUUAAUAUAUCGCCACAAAAACAACCCUUACCGUUUAGUGAAUUAGAAAAAGAGUUGAGUCGUAAUAGAGAUUUAUUUUAUAAACCUUUAGUAAAUGCUAGGGACAUUGCAUUAUCCUUUAGGAAAAUAGGAUCUCAGAGGGUUAAAAGGCCACUAAACAGUUUCAUGAUUUAUAAAAUAAAUUUCAACCAAGUAGUUAAAUUAUAUGGUUACUCAUGGGGCAAAAAUAUGAAACAUGUGACGCGUUAUGCUUCAUUUCUUUGGAAGCAAGCAACACCACAAGAAAAAAACAUAUUCGUAGAAAUAGCAGAUCAAUCGAGAGUAAUUCAUAAAGAAUUAAAUCCCGGCACUACUAAUACUAAUAGUAAUCAAAAGCUCAAAGAAUCAAAUCCUACCAUAAUAGUGCCUUAA